CACCUCCAUCGCUCGCUUUGUCUGCCUUCGCGUCGGCCUCUUCUCUUUCUCUUCUUCCUCUUUCUCACCGACCCUCUCUCUGCUCUCUUUGUUGCCGUUCUCUAGUGGAUUUGAGUACUUCUACAACACAUUUUGUCGUCAGAUCCGUCGUCAGGGCACUCUAGCUGCCAUGCUCGCCCGCUCUUACCUCCCCGUCUGCUUCCUGCUGAGCUACCUCCUCAUCUCAGCCCUUGCACUCUCCUUCCCAGAAACACCCUCUUCCUCCUUCCCGCGUCUCUCAGACCCCCUCCCGCAGCAAGAUCCAGCUCGGACCGGCGCUCGUGGAUCUAGACCUCCCGACCGGGCCCACUACGCUCCACAACCGCCCUACCCCGACGCCUCCUCAAGUUUCCGCCGCUCCGAAAAAAGUCGUCGCCGUCUCAGCAGUAAACAGUCCUCAACCUCCCUACUGUCGGCUAAAGACUUCAAAGACUCGCCAACCGCAGACGAGAUCACAGACCUCGGCUCCUCCUCCACCUCGACCUCCACAUCCGCAUCCAACUCGAACCACAACACCCACAACACAGACGACCGAGACCCGAACCAGAGCUCGCCGAUCUGCGACCUGCUUAUCGAGCCGCCGCUUUUCUCGCCGCCCGACACGCGCACGCAGCCCGGCAUCGUCGCGCUGGUGGUGGGCAUCAUCACGAUCGUUACCGCGAGCUUGAUGAUGUGAUUGGGUUCGAUCUCGACGCUCUUCAACCGUUUUACCUCCGAUGCGAUCUGCGGUUGUGUUCUACUAGCCUUUGCCUUGGACUCUCGUUCUUUCUGUCGGUAACGAUCGUGAUGAUGUGACUGGGUUCGAUCUCGACGCUUUUCAACCGAUUUACCUCCGAUGCGAUCUGCAGUUGUGUUCUACUAGCCUUUGCCUUCGACUCUCGUUCUUUCUGUAUUGUACAUCAUCUUCGACACAACCGCGGAGCCUAAAUCAGCGCUCUACAGUACAUAUCCCUCCUCCGCGUUGUACCUUCUCUCUUUCUUCGAUUGUAUUAUUUUUUUAUAUAUCUUUUGGCGCUUUGUUAUUGGUGUCGGCGUACGGCUUUUUUUAUUUGUAUAUUUAUUCACCAUGUUUGGUUUUGAUUUGAUAAUUUGAGGAUAGUUACUCUUGUCGCAAGAGAUCUAUUUUAUAUCAAGUGAUUCUACAACUCUCUCAUC